AGCUUAUUCCGUUGUAUCACUUGCCAGCGGCAGGCUGGGGCUAGGGAGAGCUUGGGGAUGGUUUUCCUUUUUUGCUCACCACUGGAUCUAACACCCUUUUUAACCAUAUAAUUUUUGCCUAGCUUAAAAUUCACCGACAGGCCAUGUCUCCUUGUGGCAGAUGAUUGGCUGCUAAGUUGGCUGCUAAGUUGGCCGCGACGAUCGGAAGGCUCUUUGGCGCAGUCAAGGUCUGACGGAGGCCCCGGCUUCUCCCUUUUUUCCUCUGAGUGUGUUCCCCGAGAGCAUUCAAAACUGUUUCUCCAAAGGGUUCUGCAGAAACUCAGACUGUUUUCUAAAGCAGAAGCACCACAGUCCACAGCGGAAGCGAUGGGCAGCGUGCGAACCAACCGCUACAGCAUUGUUUCCUCGGAAGAGGACGGCAUGAAGCUGGCCACCAUGGCUGUUGCCAAUGGCUUUGGGAAUGGCAAGAGCAAAGUACACACCAGGCAGCAGUGCAGGAGCCGGUUCGUCAAGAAAGAUGGCCACUGCAACGUUCAGUUCAUAAACGUGGGAGAAAAAGGACAGCGGUACCUAGCAGACAUAUUUACCACCUGCGUAGACAUCCGCUGGAGGUGGAUGUUGCUCAUCUUCUGCCUGGCUUUCAUCCUCUCCUGGUUGUUUUUUGGUUGUGUGUUUUGGUUGAUUGCCUUAUUGCACGGGGACCUCGAUAAAAAGGAAGGACUCUGUGUCUCUGAAGUUCGCAGCUUCACUGCGGCCUUCCUUUUCUCCAUCGAAACGCAGACGACGAUUGGCUACGGCUUUAGGUGCGUCACAGACGAGUGCCCCAUCGCAGUCUUUAUGGUGGUUUUCCAGUCGAUAGUCGGCUGCAUCAUUGAUGCCUUCAUCAUUGGUGCUGUGAUGGCUAAGAUGGCCAAACCGAAGAAGAGGAAUGAAACUCUCAUCUUCAGCGACAAUGCGGUGAUAGCUAUGCGGGAUGGAAAGCUGUGCUUGAUGUGGCGGGUUGGGAAUCUACGCAAAAGCCACUUGGUGGAAGCUCAUGUGAGAGCCCAGCUCCUCAAGUCCCGAAUCACCACUGAAGGAGAAUACAUCCCGCUAGACCAAAUUGACAUCAACGUUGGGUUUGACAGCGGGAUAGACCGCAUAUUUUUGGUGUCGCCUAUUACAAUUGUCCACGAAAUAGAUGAAGAGAGCCCAUUGUAUGACUUGAGUAAGCAAGAUUUGGACAACACAGACUUUGAAAUUGUAGUAAUAUUAGAAGGCAUGGUGGAAGCUACUGCCAUGACUACCCAGUGCCGUAGCUCCUAUCUGGCAAACGAAAUCCUCUGGGGCCACCGUUAUGAGCCUGUACUGUUUGAAGAGAAGAACUACUACAAAGUGGAUUAUUCUAGGUUCCACAAAACGUACGAAGUGCCGAACACACCCCUCUGUAGUGCCAGAGACUUAGCGGAAAAGAAAUACAUCCUCUCGAACGCAAACUCAUUUUGCUACGAGAACGAAGUGGCCCUCACGGGCAAAGAGGAAGAAGAUAGUGACAAUGGAGUGCCUGAGAGCACAAGUACGGACACACAGCCAGACAUGGAGCACCACAGCCAAGCUGGUGUCCCCCUAGAGCCUAGGCCUUUAAGGCGGGAAUCUGAAAUAUGACUGAUGGAAAUGUUUUCCGCUCUGGUUAAAGUAUAUCUGUCAGUAACGGGCAGGCUACAUGCAGGAGUGGCCGCAAACAGUUUUUCAGAUGACGGUACUGUCGAACAGAGAUAGGCAUGCAGGCCAAAAGGUCCUCCUAGGCUGGUUUUUUAAAACGCUGUCUUCAUGGGAGGUACAGCAAAAGCGUGAAUUGGAACAUGAAGCACUAUGUCUGUGCGUGACUAGAAAGCACAUAUAUGUUGUAGAAUAAAUUAUGUAUAUAUAUUUUUUACAAAACUUGAACUUGCAGGCAAGCUUUGGUUGAGUUGUAUUGUUUGUCGUCUAUUUUUCUCUCUCUGUCUCCCAAAAUGCUUCUCUCUUGGGAACAAGAAUGUUUUUAAUGGCAUAACAAAGGCAAGAGACUGCCUUACUAUUUUUUUUUUUAAAAUGUUGCUGCUAACUACACGAACACAAAUUGUAAUUAUUUUUUGUCGCAGUGUAGUAUUUGUUUUUUCUUUGAUAGAUCCUUUUUUUAAAAAAACAAAAAACAAAAACGCAAAACAAAAACAGGAAAGGGGGAAGGAAAUUCUCAGUGUUGAACUUGUUAGUUUCAAAGCUCUCUGACUGGUGAUGCUGGGGAAUCUGAACUUUUGAUGAGGCCAGUAGAUUGGUGGCUAGAAUCAAUUUCUCUUCGUACUAUCCAGUUACAUAAGGAGUAUUAUGUAACACAAUGCCAUGCAGUAGCCUACAGCAAGAUAUAUAUAUUUUUAAUUUGUGUUUGGGAAUGGAAUGGGAGUCAACCCCCCACCCCCACCCCCCAAUCCAAAAUGUGUUUUAUUUCAAAGCUACCUAAGUGAAUACCAAAGAGAAAAAAUGCACACAUUUGCACAGUUUUUUACUUAAACAGAGCAGGUUGCUUUCACACCAUCUCCCCCCCCCCAAGGUCCUUAUGCAUGUAGUAUUUUUUUUUAAUGCACCUUAUUCUAAAAUAAAAGACUCCCCUUUUUUGCCCCACCCUUUUCUGGGCAAAUAAACUUCUGAUCUUAAAAGAGGAGGAGGAGACGAAACCCACUGAGUGAAAGGGAGCAAACAUAUGUUAUUUCCUGUUUGCAAAACAGCAAGACUGUGGCAGAAAGUCAGCUAAGAAAGUCACGCAUUCCAGACCAGUUUUUAGAACACAGAACCCUGUUAGAAGUGGAGCAGCAUUUUGCAGGGACUACAAUCCUAGAGGCAGCUGGGAAAAAGCGCCUAUUGAACUCAAUAUGUCUUACUUCUGAGUGGACAUGUAUAGGAUUGUAUUGUGAGCCAUCAAACGGAACCAAGGCCAUAGUUACGGUCCAUUUGACGUUUAAUCCAGCUUUGCUACACGUUGGCAAAACCAUCAUUUCAGCCAUAGAGAUAAACUUGAGCAUAUGUAAUAGGCUGCCAUGCAUAAAUCAACUGGCUGCUCCCAGGAGAGAGGAAUAAUCUGAUGCAAGGAGAUCAAUGAUUUUGUUUUCGAUGGGACAGCUUGCCAGGGUGAC